AGCAGUCGCUGCUGGGCGGCUGCCGGCGGGAUCGGUCUGGGGAGACGCCGGGGACCGAGUAGCGGCCAGUCGGACACCUGAGCUGCCGCUGCUGGACACAAACCCGCAGGACAGAGAGUCAAUAUGCAUUUCCAAGGUGUUGGGCUGUGCUUGGGUCUUCUGUUCAUCACGGUCAGUGCAGACCUUAUGGAUGAUGGUGUUGAGGUGGAAGACGUCAGUGAAAACUCAGAAGAUGAGCCUUCCUCAGGGACUAUUAAAUAUAAGACACCUCAACCUAAAGGAGAAGUCUAUUUUACAGAAACAUUUGACAGUGGAAAUCUGGCCGGGUGGGUCUUAUCAAGAGCAAAGAAGGAUGAUAUGGAUUCAGAAAUUUCUAUAUAUGAUGGAAGAUGGGAAUUAGAGGAGCUGAAGGAAAACCAGGUACCUGGUGACAGAGGGCUGGUUUUAAAGUCCAAAGCCAAGCACCACGCAAUAUCUGCUGUCCUUGCAAAGCCCUUUAUUUUCGCCGAUAAACCUCUGAUAGUUCAAUAUGAAGUAAAUUUUCAAGAUGGCAUUGAUUGUGGAGGUGCAUACAUUAAACUACUUGCAGACACUGAGGAUUUGAUUCUGGAAAACUUUUAUGAUAAAACAUCCUAUACCAUCAUGUUUGGACCAGAUAAAUGUGGAGAAGAUUAUAAACUUCAUUUUAUCUUCAGACACAAACAUCCCAAAACCGGAGUUUUUGAAGAAAAGCAUGCCAAACCUCCAGACGUGGAUCUGAAGGAGUUUUUCACAGACAGAAAGACGCACCUCUACACCCUUGUGAUGAAUCCAGAUGAUACGUUUGAAAUAUUAAUCGAUCAGAAAGUCGUGAACCAAGGGAGCUUGCUAGAGGAUGUGGUCCCGCCUAUCAACCCACCCAGAGAAAUUGAUGAUCCCAAUGAUCAAAAGCCCGAUGAGUGGGACGACAGAGCCAAAAUCCCCGACCCCACGGCGGUCAAGCCGGAGGACUGGGAUGAAAAUGAACCUGCCCAAAUAGAAGACUCAAGUGCCAUUAAGCCUGAUGGCUGGCUUGAUGAUGAGCCAAAAUUUAUCCCCAAUCCUAACGCUCAGAAGCCUGACGACUGGAGUGACGACAUGGAUGGAGAGUGGGAGGCACCACACAUGCCUAACCCGGCCUGUCAAAUCGGAUGUGGCGAAUGGAAACCUCCCAUGAUUGAUAACCCAAAAUACAAAGGAAUCUGGAGGCCACCAAUGAUCAAUAACCCUAGCUACCAGGGAAUCUGGAGUCCUCAGAAGAUUCCUAACCCAGAUUAUUUUGAAGAUGACCACCCAUUCCUUCUGACUUCUUUCAGUGCUCUGGGCUUAGAGCUUUGGUCCAUGACUCCCAACAUCUAUUUUGAUAAUUUUAUCAUCUGUUCAGAAAAGCAGGUGGCAGAUCACUGGGCUACAGAUGGCUGGGAGCUGAAGAUAAUGGUGGCAAAUGCUAAUGAGCCUGGUGUACUCAGACAGCUAAUGAUAGCCACAGAGGAACGCCCGUGGCUUUGGCUCGUGUACCUUGUGAUGGUGGGGUUGCCCAUAGCACUGGUCACUUCAUUCUUUCGGCCGAGAAAAGUAAAGAAAAAAUAUGAAGACAUGCAGCCUAAAAAACCUGACAUAUGUAAACCGCAAACUAAGGCAGCUCUGGAACAAGGGGAAGAGGAGAAGGCCCCUGAGAAGCCAGAUUUGGAAGAGGAGAAGAAGCCAAGUGCUGGCGACGUUGGUGACAUGGGUGACGUCACCAUCAUGGAAAAGGAGGAAGUUGGUGAACCAGAAGAAAAGAGUGAAGAACAAUGUGAAAUCAUAGAAGGGCAAGAGGAAGUGAACAAGUUGAAUAAAUCUGGAUCAGAGGAUGAGAUGAAAGAAGCUGAUGAGAGCACAGGAUCCGGGGACGCACCAGUCAAGUCGUUACGCAAGCGGAGGGUGCGGAAGGACUGAAGGCAUCAAGUACGGCCACUCCCCAGAGGGAGGGACAGCA